CUAGAAUCGACGAAAGUGAAAAACAUUUUUCGAAAGUCUUUUUUUGUUGGUCGUGAAAAUGGGUGUUGGAUUUACAGAGUUUUUUUCGAUACACCUAGCCACGGAGCAUCCUCAGGUGAUACCAAUCUCGGUGUUCAUCGUCAUUCUCUGCCUCUGUUUAGUUAUCGGCCACUUGCUUGAAGAGAACCGAUGGGUCAAUGAAUCCAUUACCGCCAUUUUAGUCGGAGCAGUAUCAGGAACGGUUAUAUUGCUUAUUAGUAGAGGAAAGAGUUCUCACAUUUUGGUGUUUGAUGAAGAACUCUUCUUCAUAUACCUUCUUCCUCCAAUCAUUUUCAAUGCUGGAUUCCAAGUCAAGAAAAAGAAGUUUUUUCACAACUUUUUAACCAUCAUGUCGUUUGGUGUGAUUGGUGUUUUCAUCUCCACUGUCAUUAUUUCGUUUGGCACUUGGUGGCUUUUUCCCAAGUUGGGAUUUAAGGGAUUGAGUGCUCGAGACUAUCUUGCCAUCGGAACGAUUUUCUCGUCAACUGAUACCGUUUGCACUCUACAGAUUCUUCAUCAAGAUGAAACUCCAUUGCUAUACAGCUUAGUCUUUGGAGAAGGAGUAGUGAAUGAUGCAACCUCAGUUGUGCUGUUCAACGCCGUGCAGAAGAUUCACUUCGAAAGCCUCAACGGUUGGACGGCUCUGCGAGUCUUUGGAAACUUUUUGUACCUCUUCUUCACUAGCACAAUCCUCGGAAUUGCUGUGGGGUUAGUAACGUCUUAUGUCCUGAAAACCUUGUAUUUUGGAAGACACUCAACUACACGUGAACUCGCGAUCAUGGUUCUUAUGGCAUACCUUUCAUAUAUGUUAGCUGAGCUCUUCUCAUUAAGUGGGAUUCUCACCGUUUUCUUCUGUGGCGUUUUAAUGUCGCAUUAUGCAUCUUAUAAUGUGACAGAGAGUUCAAGAAUCACUUCAAGGCAUGUGUUUGCAAUGUUGUCCUUUAUAGCGGAGACGUUCAUAUUUUUAUAUGUUGGAACAGAUGCUCUUGAUCUUACAAAGUGGAAGACAAGCAGCUUAAGCGUUGGGGGUACUUUGGGUGUCUCCGGUGUCAUAACCACAUUAGUAUUGCUUGGACGAGCAGCGUUUGUGUUUCCACUCUCGGUUUUUACAAAUUUCAUGAAUAGAAACACUGAAAGAAGCGAGACUAUCACAUUUAAGCACCAGGUGAUUAUUUGGUGGGCUGGGCUUAUGCGAGGUGCUGUCUCAAUUGCUCUGGCUUUCAAACAGUUCACAUACUCUGGUGUUACAUUGGAUCCUGUGAAUGCUGCCAUGGUCACAAACACCACUAUCGUUGUCCUCUUUACUACACUGGUCUUUGGUUUCCUCACAAAGCCACUUGUGAACUAUCUGCUUCCUCAUGAUGCAAAUCAAAACACUGGAGGAAAUGGAGGUAAACACACUGCGCCAGGUUCCCCGAGGGAAGAUGCGACGCUUCCUCUCCUCUCCUUUGACGAGUCUGCUUCCACCAACUUCAACAGAGCUAAAGAUAGUAUCUCCCUUCUGAUGGAACAGCCUGUUUACACUAUCCACCGCUACUGGAGGAAGUUCGACGAUACAUACAUGAGACCUAUCUUUGGUGGACCUCGUCGAGAUAAUCAACCAGAAUGCUAGUUUAUGAUUUAGGUUCUCCUCAGGGAAUGCAUGAUGAGUUAGUUUUUUUGGAUAGUGGAUGUAGUGAAAAACCAGUAUAUGUUAUAGUUUUCUUUAAUGUAUAGAACAAGGUUCUUCUAUAUACACAAGGUGAUCGAA